CCUGUUCCUGCGGUAUGGCACCGCGGGCCUGGCCACGAUGGCUGCGGCCUGUGGGAUGGUGGUGACCUCUCACUACCGCUCUGUGCUGAAGCUCCGCUCCAUCGGACUCAUCGCCGGACACAUGCCGAUCAUGGCCAUCGCAGCAUGCAACGCUGGUCUGCUGCACCAAUUACUGGUGAGCCGGGACAUCCUGCUGUUCGAGACCACCUGUCCGGCGUGCGUCAACAUGCGAGCGACAGCCAUCCAGCUGGGCGCCGCUGUGGCACUGCCCGUCGCCAUGGCGUCCAUCUCGAGCUUCCACCUGGCGGAGCGCAAGCUCACGUACCCUCUGCCCCGGCUGGCGGACGACCCGCGCAACUGGCUGGCCACCUGGCGGCGGCUCGAGUUCUUCACGAUGCUGGACAAGGUGCACCAGGAGGAGCGCUGGCGGGAGCUGAGCGCUGGGUAA